GUUUCAGGGUUUCCAAGUAGAAAUCACAACACAGAACAAAAGAUCAGAGAGUUGUUUCCAACAACUCUGGCAUACAAACCUCCAAGAAUUCAGCAUUUGUUCCUGACAAAUGCUCCUCCCCACAGCGUCUCAAGUCUCAGUCCCCAGGUGUGCCUUAUGGAGAGGGGCGGGGCACUCUCCUCCCAUGUAAUUGGGCCUGCCUACAUUGUUCCCGCCUUCUCUCCACUCUUCAUGCUCUAGGAUCAGGAGGGGGUGGCCCUUGCUCAUCGCUUGACCUCUGUCUCUCAUGUUCAUCCUGCCCUUGUUCUUGCCUUCAAGCCAUCCCAAUCCUGAAAGGCUGUGGCCUGCCUUGGCCUGCUCUUCCCCAUAUUCCUCCGAAGUCAACGACGCCUCCCCCUCGAUCUCCGUCGGCUCCAACUCCAGCUCAUUUUCCUCAGCAGAUUCAGGCUCCAAUGGGGGCCUUCUUGAAACUGUUGAAAGAACUGUGUUGUAGACUGUAGAUAGAUGACGUCAGAUCCCUGCUCCUCUAUUGAGAGAGGGCUAUUCAAUUUUGACAUUGAUGGCCUCUUUGACCCCUCUUUCAAACCAGCGGUCUUCUCUGUCCAAAAUGUGGACUUUGCUAUCUUCAAAAGAGUGGCUUUUGUCUUUUAAAUGUAGAUGGACUGCUGACUCUUGUCCUGUCCAAGAGGGGUGAGCCACGACAUGUUUCACCUAUGCCUAGCCUGAGGGAUUCCAGAUCAGUUUAGUGAUUGGUACCAGUUGUCACCACUGUGGAGCUAGACCUGGCGGUGUACAAGGGCCGUGGAGGGUUUGGACUAUGGCCAAAGAAAAGCCAAGAAAAGCGUGCUUUGGGAAGAAAACAACCAGCAGCAGUGUCACCAGUUCCUGCAGGGCCGUCCAAUCACCCCCAUCAUGUGCUUUCACUGUGUCCAGGAGGGCUACAGGGCAGUGAUGUGCCCAGCACCAACCCCCUGGAUGGCUCCCGCGGUACAAACUCCCUAGAAGCCAAAGAAGCCACCGAAGAAGGGGAAGGAGAAAUCACGAGCAGCACAGAGAGUGAAGGAGAUGGAACUCCAACCAAAGGGAAGCUACCAAUGAUCCUCUCCAACAGCAAGAGUGAGGGAGAGUACAACCUGAUGGAAUUGCUCCAAAGACAGCUGGCUGCAGAGGGAAACCUCCUCCUGGUAGAUGGAAGGGGCCAUUUGUUCAAGUGGAAGCCGAGAAAAGGAGCAGCCGGUGGGCUCUCAGCAACUGUUCUCCGUUGAAGAAGAGAAGAGACAAGGAGGCAUGCGAGGACUCUGUCCUUGGUCCGAACUGCCCUUUCCACAGCACACCCAAGGCCUGGCCUGGGCUCCUCAGUCUCUUGGGCAGCCAGGGGGUAGGAGCUGCUCUCCUCCCAAUGGGCUCUUUAGCUGCCAAGUUCCUCCUGCCCACCUUCAGCAGCCUUGCCUUCCUCCCCACCAUCAGCAUUGCAGCCAAGAGGCAGUUUCACAUGGAGGCCAUGGUCUACUUCUUCACCAUGUUCUUCAUCUUGGUCUGCCAUGCCUGUGAAGGCCCCGGGCUCACCUUCCUUUGUUUCAUGAAGUAUGAUCUGCUGCAAUACUUUAGUAUUUUUGGAACCACAUUAUCCAUGUGGGUCUCACUGAUAGCUUUGGCAGAGUUUGAUGAACCCAAACGAUCAACUUUGGUGAUGUUUGGAGUGCUCACUAUAGCUGUCAGGAUCUACCAUGACCGAUGGGGAUAUGGUGUCUAUUCUGGACCGAUUGGCACAGCAGUUCUUGUGAUAACAGUCAAAUGGCUGCAAAAGAUGAAGGAGAAGAAAGGGCUGUAUCCAGAUAAGAGCGUCUACACACAGCAGGUUGGACCCGGCUUCUGUUUUGGGGCCCUGGCUUUGAUGCUGAGGUUUUUUUUUGAGGACUGGGAUUACACCUACGUGCAUAGCUUCUACCACUGUGCUCUGGCCAUGUCUUUUGUUCUCCUCCUCCCCAAAGUGAACAAGAAAGCGGGCAAUGGGGGAUCUCCUGCAAAAUUGGAUUGCUCAACUCUCUGCUGUUGCGUAUGAGGACUCAGCCCUUGGAGUGAAGGUUCAAGGGACCUUUUCCAGGCCUGCAGAUGCAGCUAAAAGCAGCACUAUGGGCACUGUUUGGUAGGUCUGAAUUUUGUAGCCUAUCCAAUUCUGGGUUCCUGUAUACUCCAUCGGCAGCUUGCUUGGCUUGGCUCAAAUAUUAUGUAGAUCUGCUUUGUUAUUAAGUGGUUCUAAUGGUACGGCCUCAGGUUGGCUUCUCAAGUGGCAUAUAAUUCUAUUAAAGGAAUAGUGCCCUACAUUGCAAUGCUUCUCCUUUACUUUGCAGGCCAAAGUUAAACACACAAAGAAAGGUUGCUGAAAGAAAGACAUGGCUUUCUUCUGAGAACUGGCCCCAACAAAGUUCUUACAGGAAUCAAUUAAAGCCAUAGUGUCCAGGGCCUUAAUUAACACUUGUUCUCCUGCUCCAGGGUUGCUUUGGAAAAAGGGAAUGUUCAACCAGCACAAAAUGCAUUUGCUAGACAAUGUUUGCCAUGUCUACUGGUGAUCAUAUCACAUCUGGCCACUGCUAUCUGCUCUGUUCAGUAAGAUGCUUAGCCUGCUUUAGAGCUCUUAGAUUCUCCCCUUUCUGAAACCAAGAAGCCUGAAGCACAACUGGGACUCAGGUGAAUCUGCCUAUUGUUCUUUAUGAUGCUUGUACACGAGCAGGAGCUGGGUUGGUCUGGCUUUCUGAGCAGACUACUUCUACUUGGGAAAUUUCUGCACAAGAAUUGAGGUUGACCACCUGUUGUUACCUUCACUCAGGCUCCCAGGGGCAAUUGGGAAACUACUGUUUCUGUAGUUUUCUUUUGUAUAGCCUUUUAGGAUCUGAAUUUUUAGUGAUGUUCUUAUUGUAUAGUGUCUCAUGCCAUGCAAGAUUGUAUUCACAAAUGCAGUAAUUAUUGACACUAAUAAUAUUUGCUUCUGGCCACCCCGGAAAUGUUAGCUAUGAAAUAUGAAAUAAACCUGAAAUGAAAUAAUUCUAUUUGAUCCUGAAUGCCUCUAUUGUUGCCAUUGCCAUCAGUAGGGGGAAGAAACAGAGCAGAGCAGAACGGUUAGAAGGAAAAAAGGGUCCAGCAUGAAUUCAUGUGGAAGCAGACACAUGUAUAGGGAGCCCUCCUCCCCAAAAAAGAAAAUCAACUGGGGAGCAGUCUCCCAAAAUAAGAAAAAACUUUCCUUGAAAUAAUAAUCCUUUCGCAAACAGGGAAAUCAUUCAAAGAAGCUUUUUGCAACAAGCUGAGUGCCUCAGAGAUGCUCUUUUCAGAAGGCAACUGGACUUUCUUGUGUUUCUUUUGAAGAAGUUUUGCUUCUCAUCCAAGAAGCUUUUCCAUCUCUGACUAGAUGGUGGGGAGUGGGAGGAUUUAUAUUGCUUGA